AUGGAAGUUGGGGUUUUCUGUAGCAUCCACAAUAGUAUCACCACUCCUGGGUCUCUUGUCAGUGCACCUUGGAUGAGGGGGCUCCCUAUAGGUUUAUUUUUUAAGGCCAUUACUCCCUUUUAUUAUCACUCUUCAUUAAGGCCCAGAGCCUCCCCAGGGCUGGACUCAAUUCAUGGGACUCUAAGCAACAGUAUUGUGGUGUCACCAGUCCACACAAUGAAUGAUACUCUCUUAAGCAACUUAGACAAACUUCUGCUAGAGCUUGUUUUCCAGCUUGAACAAACUUCUUAUGCUAAGGAACAUGUGAAGCACCAGAUAAAUUUACGUACUGCAAGUAUUGUGGAAAGAAAGAAUGAAAUCUGUAGAUUACAUGAGAAUAUAAACAGCAGUAAUGAUGCAAUUGUUUAUUUGCACAAGCAUAACAAGAAUAGUAAGGACAGUUGCAAUGUCUGGAAACCAACAUACGUAGUUCUUAGCAAGCAUGAAGAAUAUUUGAAUAACCAACUCAAAAACUGCCAAGAAACUACAGAAAAUGACAAGAAAAUGUAUCAGGAUCACAAGAAUCAAUAUAAAGAGAUUUUGAAACAACACAAAGCAAAAUAUUCAGAAAAUUCUCUAGCUCAGGAGUAUUAUAUGAAAAAAAAAGAGAUUGAAGAACUCCGGAAUAGAGUUCUGAGACAUUCUGAACAAUUUAAAUGGAAGGAAGCUACCCUUUUGGAUAUUUUAGAGCCUGCUCCUUUUAGGUCACUUUCUGAUUGGGCGUUACAGAUUGCUUAUCUGAGGCAAAAAACACAAGACGUCCUCAAGCAUGCUGCAGUUUUUACCCAGAAAUCUUCUAAACUAGAGAAAGAAGCAGAUGAAGUAGAAAUGAAAAUUAAUUAUUUCAAACAGCAGUUUGAAAGGAGUACAGAAGAUCAAAAUCAUUCUAAAAUUAUUGAAGGAAAAAGUAAAAAAAAAUUAGAGAAAAAGAAGGCGUUUAAAGAAAGGAUGUUUGAAGAGAUUGGAAAUCUACAUUUAUUAAAUGGGAAACAUCAACAGUAUAAACCAUUACAUCUGCCUUGCAUUCCUCAGAAAUUAAUCCAAUCUGUACAGACUUUUAGCCUGUCUUCGCAAAGAACAGAAACAGGUAAAGAAGAAAGAGACAAUUCCAUGGACCAUUCAGGUAUUGCUAGUAUUUCCUUGAGCCAAGUGGACAGUGAAACACAGAAAUUUAAUGAGACUGCAGGGACUAACAAUCCCAAAAUUGCCAAAGUUCCAUCCAUAGCAAGCUUGCAAAACCAAAUGCAAUUCAGAUUGCUAGUUCCUCGGGACCAAACAACUUGCAAGCAAUGGUUUGAAAAUGAAGCUACAGUAAUAGGAAACAAAGAUGCUGAAUGUGCAGAUCAGGGAGCAGCAAGUAAGUCAAAGGAUUCUGCAUAUAUAUCUCAAAAUGUACACACAGAGUGUUUUAUUAAGUCAAGUGAGGAUAAUCCUGAAGCAGCAGAAGGAAGUACUGAACAUUUACCGAAAACCCCUGAGAUGCCUUUAUUUAUAAGACUAUCAGAAUCUAAUGGGAAGAAAGCCCAGUUUCCUAAAACUCCUCCAUUUGAAUUGAGUCAUAAUUUAGGUUGUGCAGGACCAGCACCAAAAUCGCCUGCUUUUUCUUUUCUUAUGCCCUGUACCCAGAAGUCACCUGGCUUUAAUUUAUUUGACUCAUCUGUAUUCGGAGCAGAAAAUUCAUCAGACCAGACCGAUGAAAGUUAUUCUGCAGGAAACAUAAACCCUGUUUCCCCACACAAAGAUAUUGGAAGCUUAUUUGGGAAAUCGGAAAAUGAAGAUGCGUUUACAUUUUCCUUUCCGUCAGAGUCGUCGUCUCAUGAAUAUGGGGAUGGAAAAGAUGACUUCAGUUUUCCAUUUGCAUUUGGACAGGAUCAGCAAUCAUCACAUUCUUCCUCUCUGAAAGGUUUUCACUCUUCAUCACAAAAUACAAAGCCAUUUACACUCUUUUGA